AGAGACACAUGAGAAGCUGCACCACUAAACUGAGGGACUGACUGAGUGAGACAACAGGAGUAAAAGAGAAAGUGCGUCAAAAGAAAGACGUGGCAUAGAAGUUUUAACAUAAAGUCAUCAAACGUUGACUUUUAUUCCAGGAGGAAGUUAAGGAAGGAAACCACCUGUGGAGCUGUGUCACUUCUGUUCAGAUGGGAAGUCCACCUCCACCACUGUACCUCAAUGUGAGCCCAGAGACGAUUAAUUCUUCAUCAGACCCAACAAAAAACGAAGAAAGCUUCAGUGAGGCGACAAUGAUUCUGCUGGGCAUGAUCAUGUCCUCACUCAUUCUUUGUAUCGUUUUCGGCAACAUCCUGGUCAUAACGGCGAUCGCCCGCUUCCAGCGACUCCAAAAUGUCACCAACUGCUUCAUCACAUCCCUGGCUUGUGCUGACCUGGUCAUGGGUCUCAUCGUGGUCCCGUUCGGUGCGUGUUACAUCAUCUUCAAUACCUGGCACUUUGGUAGUUUCUGGUGCGAGUUCUGGACGGCGACUGAUGUUCUCUGUGUGACCGCGAGCAUUGAGACCUUGUGUGUCAUCGCCAUAGACCGUUACUUGGCCAUUACCUCACCCUUCCGCUACCAGACCAUGCUGACAAAGUGUAAGGCUCGAAUUGUGGUGGUGCUGGUAUGGGUUAUCGCCGCCUUGAUAUCAUUCCUGCCCAUACACAUGAAGUGGUGGAUAUCCGAUGAUAAGCAAGCUAAAGAGUGCAUCGAGGAUCGCACAUGCUGUGAAUUCUACACAAACAUGGCUUACGCCAUCACGUCUUCGAUCAUAUCUUUCUACAUCCCAUUGGUCAUCAUGGUGUUUGUCUACAGCCGGGUUUUCCAGGAGGCCAAGCGCCAGCUCAAGAAGAUUGAGCAAAGCAUGGGGCGGUUUCACAACAACGACAACCUCAAACCUUUGGACGCCAACAUCGGGCGCGGGCAGAAGAAGGUGAAAUUUUGUCUGCGGGAACACAAAGCGCUGAAGACGCUGGGCAUCAUCAUGGGGGUCUUCACUCUAAGCUGGCUGCCGUUCUUUAUUCUCAACGUAGUGGUUGCCAUAUGGAAAGUGGAAGACAUUGACCUGACUUUUAGGAUCCUCAACUGGAUAGGCUACGCGAACUCAGCCUUCAAUCCACUCAUUUACUGCCGGAGCCCUGAGUUUCGUUAUGCAUUUAAGGAGAUUCUCUGCCUUAAAAGGAACCACACCUCCAAAGCCGGACCUUUAAAUGGAUACGUCUACGAUAGACACAGCUGGCACAGUGAGCAGCAGGGGCGGAGUAAAGGCAAUUCGGAAGACAGUGAUGCCAACGAGGGCUGUUUGGAGCAAGGAGAAUGUGUUGACAGUGUUACGGACAGAGCGGUGGACUCAAACGGAAACUGCAGCAAAAACCUUGCAAUUGUAACAGCUGUACUAUGACUUUAGCCCAAAGGGCAGCUUAAAUGUUUACACUGCUGUCGUGCACCCAUUGACUUUGGCAGGUAAGACCAGUCAAGCAGCACGGUAGAAGCACAUUCUGCUUUAUGAAAACUAUAUUUAUCGUGUUACAGAAAUACUGUUGGCAGAUUUGAAUCAUUCAUUCUGUAGCUAUUACAUCUACCUCACCACAUUGUCUUGAAUGUGAUCUCGAACAUUAGCAUUGCUACAUGAUAGCACAUGCUGUUUUAGCUAAUCUUAGUUUAUAAACUGAGACUGUUUUGUCAAUAAGGAUGUAUCGUAAAUGUCGUCUGUGGUGCUUUCUUUUUUUUUUUUAAUUUUAAAGAAACAUUCCCCAACCAUUCCAGCAUAAUUUUGCCGUCACUGGGUUUCCUUUAUUUCAUGACAAAGCGAUAGAUGAACAACAGGUAUGGGAUCACUCUCCUAAAGCUGAUUUGUGAGGCCCCCGCGAAGCCUGAUCUGCCUUUUACAGCCUGCUGCUUGGGAGGUUGUGUAGCAGAUAGCGCCACUGAUAAACAACAGUUAUCUCUGUCUCGCCGGUACAAGCUGAGCAACGCCUGGGGCCAUUCUCUGUUGGCUUUUGUGAUAAAACCUUGCACAUUUGAAGAGCAAUCAGCAAUUUCAUUAUCAGCACUAACAUUUCCUAAUAAGAAUACUGUUUUAAAUGCUGUCAUCGGCACAAGCAGGGCAAGCAAUUACUUACCUUCAGUGCACUGGUUCAUUUGAAUGUAAUACCCAAUGGAUGCACAAGUGUGUUUUUUUUUAAAUGUUGUGUUUGAAUGUAAGUACUGUGUUUACAUGAGUGUGUCUUUGUGCCUACGCAUACCCCACAGAGGGCAGGAAUUGCCGAGACAACAAUGAGCUGAGAUGUGUUUAGUACUAAUCAAUGACAAGGGACAAACGUGCACAUUUAUCACUUCAGUGACAUUUUCCAGACUUCCUUUAUCCUGCAUAGAGAUCUGAAAUGCCAUGAAAAAAAAAACAGAAGAGUCUUGGCACAGUCUUCUUCCCUUGGUGUGUCUGUCUUCAGGAAGUGCCCCAAUCCAGCUGAGCCCAGCCCAAUAAACAAGAGUAAAUCCAUUAUCUCCACUGUCAAGCCACAGGAUCUGAUCUCCCUUUAAACAACACUCCCGUACAAAGUUCUCUGUUUGAAAGCUGCCGUCACCCAAAAGACCAAUUUGAAAAUGAGUCUUAUGAUGACAGGAGUUUAUAGGAAAUAUAUCUCACAUUCUCCAUCUAUAUUGCUUUGAGUGGAGGAUAGCUUUUGAGUCAAGUUCCUUUGAUCGCAGGGACAGUUUGCAAAAUGUCGCAACAGAUGGCAAAGGUGGAACACAGAUGGUGUUAGUGACCUCUCUGCUGCCUUGCCCCUGGUCUGGAUGAACUUUGUAUGUCCAUUCACUGUAGCACGGCGUAGCAAAUUGACGCACGUAAGGGGACAUCGUACGUAAAUGUGUGUGAGGCAAAAAAAACAACAACAAAAAACAUGCUUUUCCAGGCAUGUUUUCCCCUGGAUUUAUUACAAAGUAAAGAAAAUCAUAAAAAUGCUCCACAGAUGUCUUUUCAUUGUAUUCUGUCAAGAUUUUUUAAAAAUUAAAGAAAGAAAAAGAAAGGCAUUAGUGAUUGUUUAUACAUAUUUACACACACCAUGAAUUAAAGCUGAACGCAUCUGUGUUUCACUAUCACUUUUCAAGUUUGUACAGAACGCAGCUGUCCUUUUUGCAGAAGAUUUACAAAGCAUUAUAUUUGGCAUGUCUUUGUGCUGUAAAUAUUUCUUUUCCAAGUAAUCUGUUUAAUUCAAUUGAUUGAGGCUUUGACUUCAGUCAGUAGUAUAUCCACACUGCUCCCUCCUGGCAGUGCGCUCUCCUUGCACGUCACCGCUGAGUCCUGAAUGGUUACUCUUCAUUUGCACACUACGUUUAUUGUUAAAUGCAUUCACAAUUACAUGAAAAGAACUCAUGACAGCAUUCCUUGUCUGAAUGAGAAAAGUUAAUUUAGAGAAUUACAUGUAAAUGAUUCAGGAAUCUCAAAUUGUGUCUGCAUCAACCAAAAGAGGUUUACGCUGUAUGCCAUUGGACUUCAAUUUAGAAAGUAACAUUGGAAGAUCGAUGACUAUGAUUUUACACAGUAAACGUGCAGAAUUUUACAAUUGGAAUGAAAGAGCACCAGAACUUACUCAAUAGUUACACUUUUCAAAUUACCUGAAUGUAUUUGUGAUUUUGUAUGAUGUCAUUUUGCAAAAUGGUUGUCUGAUAAAAUGCUGUGGCUCAUUGUGGUGUGAAUUAUUAAAACUAAAUAUGCUUCAGCAAUUGUGUGAAGAGUAGCCGCUCUUGCAGUUCAAUGUUUACGCAAUGUUUUUCAACUCCUUUGUGCACAAGUUUUUUUGUGGGUAUAUUGUAUGUCUAUUGUGUUGCAUCAUGUGAUGUCCUGUGAUAUUUAUUAAAAAAGCUGGAGCUAUUGUGUUGAAAUAAAUUAUUUACAUGUUGUAUUGUCCUCAUUUUGUGAUCAUUAAAUUGCCCAACAAAGAAGCUAUAAUUU